UUCUAAUUUUAUUAGUUUUUCACCCUCAGAAAACAAUUACAAAUCCUCAAUUUGUACGAAGUGCUAAUACAUUAGCGAUGUAAGGGACUUUUAAUUUAAAAACAUCCACCAUGUUAAAAAUGCACUAACAGAUCCAUGCUGUACAGCGAAAGAAAUCGCAUUUAUUAUAUUUGGUCAAGGUCGAUGAGUAAUGAUGAAUGUAGUAACAGCUCGUUUUUUAAAAUUUAGAUCUUUGCGUCCGUGUUAUACAAAUAUUAAUUUCUCAUUGAGGAGCCCUUGUCGAGGUCAUCGGGAAAGCACAAGCCAAGCACCAAAACAUGCCAAACAAGCAGGGAGGUCUGGAUUCAGUCCUGCUGCCUCAUCUAUAUAUGAUUGGAUUGGUCCACCAGACAGGCUGUCAAACCUCAGACUGAUCAUAUAUCACAUCCCAGAGAAUGAGACUCCUUUGGAGAGGGAGUUAAGGCAUCUGAGACAGGAAACUGAGGACUGGAACCAUGAGUUCUGGACCAACCAGAACUUCACAUUUAAUAAGGAAAAAGGAGAAUAUAUACAAUCACAGCUGUCCGCAAAAGGGUUGUCAGAGAGAGAUGAUGAUGGAAGGAAAAGGACUUUAAGCAGUGAGGAAAUGGCAGUGUUCUACAAACACUUCUUAGACAAAAACAUUACAAGGCAUGCCAAUUACAACAGGAAAUGGUAUCGAAGGAACUUCACCAUUACAUUUCUGAUGGCGAGAGUAACUCUGCACAACAUGUGGAGGACACUUACUGGACAGACAAGGGGAACUGUAAGAGAGAAAGGCAAAACUAUGUGAAAUGCAAAUAAAGUCUUUGAAUUAA